ACACUCACUCGGUGUAGUUUACAUGCUGUCCUCAAUCUAACCCAACCCCGUCUGUUUUGCCUCAUAGUCGUGCACCUGUCAGUUUUCUUGCUAAACAAACCAACCCGUCUAUUGGAGAAGCAGUUUCUAUAUUCGUAUUGUAAUGUCUUUGAUUUUUUUUAAACUCAACAACCUUUUCUCACAAACAUGUCAGAGAUCACGUGAUACAGGCAACAACCAAAAAACGUCACAUACAUUAACCAAAUUCAUCGAAGGUGCUUGAAGGCCCAAAGCACCUUUAGCGCCUAGCUAGGUAUUCCAUCCGACACCGUGGGGCGUAUAAUCACCAACACAGAGAACAUACUGCUAUGGCAGAACCAGAUGUGCAAUUUAAGGAAUGGACGUCCUACAAAGAUGACUGCAAGAGCACAGCGCAGAAUGCUUAAUGAGCUAGUGUUGUGCGGAGAUGGAGGCACAGGAAAAACCACCUUCGUGAAGAGGCAUUUAACGGGAGAGUUUGAAAAGAAAUACGUUGCGACUCUGGGAGUAGAGGUGCACCCCUUGGUCUUCCACACCACUCGAGGGACCAUCAAGUACAAUGUCUGGGACACAGCCGGCCAGGAGAAGUUUGGGGGGCUCAGAGAUGGCUACUACAUACAGGCCCAGUGUGCGAUCAUCAUGUUCGACGUCACAUCUCGCGUCACCUAUAAGAACGUGCCCAACUGGCACCGCGACCUGGUGCGCGUCUGCGAGAACAUACCCAUAGUCCUGUGCGGCAACAAGGUGGACAUCAAGGACAGAAAGGUCAAAGCCAAGAGCAUCGUGUUCCACCGUAAGAAGAACCUUCAGUACUAUGACAUCUCAGCCAAGAGUAACUACAACUUUGAGAAGCCCUUCCUGUGGCUGGCCAGGAAGCUGGUAGGAGACCCCAACCUAGAGUUUGUGGAGAUGCCAGCCCUCGCCCCCCCAGAAGUCGUCAUGGACGCCUCCCUGGCUGCGCAGUACGAGAACGACCUUAAGGUUGCCGCAGAAACAGGGCUUCCAGAUGAAGACGACGACCUUUAACCUGUGACCUCGCUGGCCUCCAGUGUUCUGGGAGCGUGCCCUAUUGCUGACCUUUUUAAUUGUAAAAGCCUUCCCCCAAUGUUUUUUUUUAUGUGUGUCAAACUGAUGAUGUGUGUCUGGUUGCGUGAAGAUUUCAGUAGAGACCAACAGGAGUAGAAGUUUAGACUGCUCAAAGUAGGCAUUACUCACACGCAUACAAAUGAAAGACUUUGUACGCUCGCUGUACUAUACUGACUAAGGGUGAUAUGAAAUCACGCUAAAUAAAAAGUAUUUGAAUACAAA